AUCCACCUGAACUCGUCUGGACAAUCUAUGGCAGCACGAACAAACCGGCGCCGUCUCGCUCGCUCGCGACGCGCGCAAGAUGCGCUCUCUCAUUCUCCCCGCGCGCCCGGUUGCCGCGCCGCUCUCAGCCAAUCGGCGGCCAUCUUGUGCUCCCCCGAGAGCAAGCGACAGUGCGUACUCUCAUCACAAUCACAAGGAGACGACAUCUCGCCGCGCGAGGUUGUCGUUCCUGCGCAAGAUGCGCUCAGCUCACACAAGCGCGCGACUUAUUUAAUAUCAAAAAGUGCCUUUCGUACUCUUUUGUGUUUUCGUAAGACUGACAAACAGUGCUCAAUAAAGUUAACCUGUGCAGUGAGAGACUGGAGAAGAAUUCGUGCAAAAUUGGACUUUUCGUUGAAAAUUUGAACGGGCUGAUAUCGCGAAAAUUAUCCACGAUUGGGCGCAGACGCGGUCGCACGUCGCGGGCAAUGCAGGGUGCUGCCAACGCGCCCGCGCCCCCCGCGGCCGAGCCGCCUGCCUCCCAGCAAAUCAAAACAGAAGUCAUUAGUGAGGCGAAAGUCAAAACUGAAGAACUACAGAGCGACAAAAUGAAGUUAGAGAGUGAUACGCGCGCGACGCGCACCACCAGCAUUGACAGCGACAACAGAUCUGAUCGCAGUGAAGAGGAGGAUUCCAGAAAGUGCAGGAAGAGAGCAGCGUCCACAUCCCCCUCGCCAAUACCCUUGGAUAAAAGAACAACGCUAUAUGAGUGCCCUAAAUGCCUACAGCGGUUUGACUCCGCCAACGCUUUCGAUAUACAUCGCUUCACAGCUCACGGCGAUGAAGUUAGAACUGGUUACGACGAUAUUACUCUAGUUGACUUCUCAAACAAGAAAUUCCCGGAAAUAUCACGAGGAAUGUGCGAGCGUAACACUCACGUGGCUAUGCAGGAGCAACGCAAGAAAUGCGACUUGUGCUCGCGGGAUUUCCCAUGUAGCCAGUCUUUGGACAUCCAUAGAAAAACUUGUACCAAUUCAACCAGACUUACGAGUCCAGAGCGUGAGCGGAGGGAUUUCUUCGCUAACUUAGACCUUAGAAAUAGGUCUUUCGGUAUUCCUGGCACCUUAACGCCGCCAAUGGAGAGAUUCACUACUAAAUUCGAGGACAGUCAUAUUGGCGGAAACGGCAUAAGGCAUAUUGAUGCCGCCAGAGACUUGGCAGAUAUACAGUCGAUCUUAAAUGUGACGUCCGCCGGGAGUCUUCUUGAAAGGCUGACUGGAACUCGAGUUGCUUUAGAAAGCGCUGCCCUGACUCCACCUGACACAAUUGUAAAGGAACGUGAACAGGAAGAAACUCAAGAUAAUUUUGCAGCUGAAUUCAGAAGAAUGAAGCUUCGUGGUGAAUUCCCCUGCCGACUGUGUCCAGCGAAGUUUCCCAAUCUUCGAGCGUUGAAAGGACAUAACAGAGUGCAUCUUAGCGGAACCGGUCCCGGGCCUUACCAGUGUAACAUGUGUCCUCAUGCAUCUUUAGACAAAGCAGCUUUGGUUCGUCACAUGCGAACUCAUAAUGGCGAUCGUCCUUACGAAUGUGCCGUGUGCAAUUAUGCGUUUACUACCAAAGCUAACUGUGAACGCCACUUACGUAAUCGCCACGCCAAAGUAACCAGGGAAGACGUCAAGCGCUCUAUUAUUUACCAUCCAUCUGAGGACCCAAAUAAUGAUGAAGUGAAUUCAAAGUUGGCUCGAGAUGAAGUCAAAAGAUCUCUCGCUUUUCACACACCUGAAAUUGAACGGCGUAACGAACCCACCGGUCGCGAUACACCGUUGACUCACUAUACGCCAACAUUUAUAACUGAAAGGCAUCCAGUUACUGCAUUAACUACCAAAACGUUGCCAGAAACUUCAACUUUGACUCCCAAGGAACCUGAGCAGACUCUUCCUAGAAUUAAAGUGAAAGGAAUCGGACAAUUGACGCAAAUACCGGAAUUCAGACCACCUGAGCUAACAUUUAAUUCAAACGACACUCCACCUGAACCUUACGAUGAUGACGCUCCCGUCGAUCUCAGUACAAGCGACAAUAACAGCUGCGAUGUUCUUGAUCUCAGUAAAAAGAAACGCGAAGUGGAUGAUGAACCUAAAGGCGUUCCACGAAAUCCUUUUGAGACAAACCCCGCUACAACUGCAGCUUCGGUAGCUGCUACGGCAUUAGAAAAAACGAGGUUCCUCUUAGCUCAGCAAAGACUUUUCGAGUCUUCUUUACCAAAAAUUGACCCAUAUUAUGCGAAUCAGUUUUCGCAGCUAUAUGCCGGCGCUGUCUCCGGUCUUCCGGGUUUGACAAUUCCACCUUCAGCCUUUCCUAUCAAUCCUUACUUUCUUCAGACUUCGUUUUUUCCUCACCCAACUGAUUCACAAGAACUUGCCGAAAUAAAGCAGCGUAUACAAAAAGAAAUUAUUCGUGGGCUUAGUAUGUCAGGGGGAAGAUUGGUCACUGAACCCGAGACUCAGCCGAAGCAAGAACCUGAAGAGGAAGACCUUAAACCGCUGUCUCAAGCUACCUCCCCCACCCCACCUCCUCGUCCUGAAUCUCCACGCCCUUUAAGCAACAAUGUCGUACCUCAAAGCGAUUCAGUUAAGAUGGUCAUUAAGAACGGUAUUCUAAUGCCAAAGCAGAAGCAAAGACGCUAUCGCACCGAAAGGCCAUUCUCGUGUUCGCAAUGUUCAGCUCGGUUCACUUUACGUUCGAACAUGGAACGUCACGUGAAACAACAACAUCCCCAGCAUUGGAGCGUACGUAGACCGACGCCAAGAGCUCCACCGCCGUAUCCGACGCCGGAUAACAUAGCUGAUAGAGUGAAGUUCGCACUUUUAGCGAGACAUUUGGAAAGGCCGCUGCAGCAAAAUGAUCGCUCCCCUAUUCGUAGAGACUCUGACGAAGUGGCCGAUAAUGAGGAGGACGAAGACGACACUUUGGUAAUUGACGAGGAACCAGAAACUGACAUCAAACCUCUAGAUCAUACAGCCGCACAUAAAGCAGCUGCAGAAAUUCUAAUGGCCACGCGUCAACAAGAAAUGGCUAAAGAUUUCGAUCUUAAGAUAGCAGGAAAUUUAAUUAACAAACCCAUCCCAAUUGUUACUGAUAAAGCUGAAACUGGGACAGAUCCUAUCCAAGAUUCUGAAUCCAUACCUGUUGUUCCAACCCGUAGUGAUGAGGAGGAAGACGAAGAAGGCCUGGUCGCUUCAACUAGCGAAGGCAAUAAUUCUGGAAGCGAUGAAAACAAAUCGGAAUCAGACACCGGUACUCUUCCUCCUAAGAAGAAAUCCGCAUACAGUCUAGCUCCAAAUCGAGUAUCAUGUCCCUACUGCCACCGCAAGUUCCCCUGGUCAUCGUCUCUCCGUCGACACGUUCUCACCCAUACGGGACAGAAACCUUUCAAAUGUCCUCACUGUCCUUUGCUCUUCACCACGAAAUCCAACUGCGAUCGUCACUUACUGCGUAAACAUGGCGGCUCUGCUAGAGCUAUACUCGCUGAACCAAUCACAGACUCAGUUUCUCCACCACAAACUACUGAUACUAGAACUGUGCCAGAAAGACCAUUCAAAUGCGCAUCAUGUCCAGCCAGUACCUUUUCUUCUAUGGAAACUCUGAAGAAACAUAUGUCGUCUCGCCACGGAACUGGCGAUUCCCAACCGGGCUCUCCGAAUCCUGAAGGGAACGAGGAACUAGUAGACGGCCUGGUGUUCAAGUGUCAUUUAUGUGAAGGAUCUUUUAGCGAUAGGAGUGGUGCUUUGGGACAUUUGGCAGCGAAUCAUUCCGCGGAGUACGAACAGUUGGUCAGCAAAGGGGCGCUAGAUGGCAACAGUGACCGCAGCGAAAGCGCCGAUGAUGACGAAAGGGGAAAAUUUCCUGACCACGCCAAUAGAAAGGUUGUAUGCGCAUUCUGCAUCCGUCGCUUCUGGUCGGCUGAGGAUCUGCGCCGUCACAUGCGCACGCACUCGGGCGAGCGGCCAUUCGCGUGCGAUCUCUGCCGGCGGCGGUUCACACUCAAACACAGCAUGCUCAGACAUCGCAAGAAGCACCGAGAAGAACUCACAGAUGAUGAGGAAACCACACCACCUAAUACACCGUUAGAAAACGCUAAUACUAACGGAUAUCGCUACCAAGAUGAUGAAGGUUCAGGCGGCGAAGUGCCGAGCAACGUCAACAACAACAACUCACCGCCAUCUGUCCCCUACGACAAGAAACUCAAGCUGCAGAUGACGUCACGCAAGUACUCCUCCGAUGCAGAAAACGAUCCAGAAAAUGGCGGCGAUUUGAUCGGAAAACUGCUCGGCAUACAAGACAAGACUAUCAUCAACAAACUCCUCUCUUCAGCGGAUGAAGCGGCCAAGUUCCUCGGUGUCAACAAAUGAGAGUACGCCUUAGUCCUCGUGACGCCCGCCAGACUCAUCCUGGCCCCGCGGGGACUAAAAGUACUAAACCGAACCAAACAACCUACAGCGCCAUCUAUCAACGAGUAGAUAAAGUUUGUCUGCGAUGAAAUAGUGAUGUCCGAAAAUCGCUGUUCUUAUCGAUUGAUUACUUAAUGCUAUAAAAUAUUUAAAUUAAUAUUUCUAUUAUUGCUUAAUAAGAUGUAAAAAUUAUGCAAUAUGUCGAUGGUCAAAGAACAUCUCUAGCCUUUAGCUGCCUUAUAUAAUAGUAACCGUCCUUUUCUGCCUUAAAUUGUACAUUUUUAUAUGUGGGUGACGACAACGAAAGAUAAAUUUAGUGCCAGUUUUUAUUUUAAAAGUACAUUAAUUCUUACUGUGUCGUAUUUUGAUGUAAUUUAGGUUAGGAUU